AUGGAUGCGCCGCAGAAUUUGAGGAAGCACAGGAAGAGAGAUUCAGAUCUGCUCGCAGAAGUGCCCGACGAUGCUGUUCAGCUUGAUGCGGAGCAGCUAUCUCCAGCAGGCCAUGACACUUUACUUUCACGGACCUAUCUAGNNAUCGUCCUAGGGCCCCUAACAAUGAUCUCCUUUUUACUUUCUCUUUGUGUCGUUGACAGCCAGCACCGUGCGUGGCGCCUUGCGCAACAAGCCGACAGCGAGCCAUGGCCAUGGUGGAAGAAAUUAUCGCCCUGGACGUGGUGGAACGCCGAACCUUAUCAAUCUCACGACUCUACCUGGCAAAAUGCUGUACCAGCGACCAGCUUGUCGGACGGCGCAGAUGGAACUGUUCCCGUAACUGCGGUGAAUACAGAUCGUUGGUACACACGUAAGAAGCACAGAAAGAUGGCAAAGCUCACCAUCUCCGACGCAAUCAACAUGAGGGAAGAAAUGGCGGUCGCGCUUGUCACAGCAGCCUUGAUAGGUCUGGUUGUCGUUGUAUGGCUUGCAAAGCGCGUGCUCUCCCCGACUGCGUGA